AUGGAUAAACUAUCGAAUUCAUUUUUACUCCUCGAGUUAGACUGUGAAGAUUCUAAGGGGGAAAGUUCAGUUGCCGGUAGAGGAACAUGGGACCAUUCGAAAGAUGAAAUUGUGCCUGCAAAUGGUAGUGAUGAUCAACAAACCAGUGAAACGGCCUCGGAAAUGUUUAAGAUGCCACUUGUCUGGAUCGACCUGGAAAUGACUGGUUUGAAUAUUGAAGUUGAUAGAAUUCUGGAGAUUGCUUGUGUGGUCACAGAUGGGAAUUUAACCAAGUCAAUUGAGGGACCCGACUUGGUUAUUCAUCAAACUAAAGAAUGUCUUGAUAAGAUGGGGGAAUGGUGUCAAGAACAUCAUGCAGAAAGUGGUUUGACGGAGAGGGUUCUUGAAAGUACAGUAAGUGAACAAGAAGCUGAAAAGCAGGUUAUCGAAUUUGUGAAGAGAUAUGUGGGCGCAUAUGUGCCUCUCAUAGCAGGAAACUCUGUCUACAUGGAUCUUCUGUUUUUAAAGAAGUAUAUGCCAGAUUUGGCUGCCCUUUUCUCCCACGUCAUCGUUGAUGUCAGCAGUAUCAAGACAUUAUGCCUGCGUUGGUACCCAAGAGACAAGAAAAAAGCUCCAAAAAAGAAGAACAAUCACAGAGCAAUGGACGAUGUCAAAGAAAGCAUAGCCGAGCUUAAGUUCUACAAGGAGCACAUAUUCAAACCCAAGUCUAGAAAGUGA